AUGUGGAUUUUUCGAGUUUUAUUUUUAUUUCCGGUUCUCACUCAAAGUCUACGCGGCGAUGUGCCACUGACUGACAACCAAAUAAACUGCACACGAAAUUUUAAAAAUGCUUGUAUUAUUGAAGCGGUCUUUGGGAACUCUCAAACGAACGACACAGUUGAUGUCUUUGUGAGCUGUUCAGAUGAUAACGAAUUAUCCUAUAAUCAAUUUUCAAAAAUUGACAAAAUUAUAUGGAACGGAUGUUAUGCAUCAGGGAACUUGAAAGGUUUAGGGCUACAAAAAAUACCAAAAAAAAAUGAAGUAAAAUAUUUGAAAAUUCAACGAUUUGCUAUUGGCAUUCUCGAGGCGGGUACUUUUGACGGAUUUUUUGGGUUGGAAGUUUUAGUGAUUCAAAGCAAUGCCAUUCAGAAUUUAUCUUCGUCAUGUUUUCGAGGCUUGAAAAGUUUGAGAACUUUGGAGAUUGUCGAAAACAGUCUGAAGUGGAUAGAUGAGGGAACGUUUGCUGAUUUUCCGAAGUUAAACGUUCUUGAUAUCCGUGACAUUCAACAUUUGCUAAUGGCAAGCCAUCAAUUUAUGAAAAAUCAAAUUAUUGAUAACGUCAAAUUGGAAAUUUAUUACAUGGAAAUGGAUCUACUUGAACAUCUUUUUCUUCAUGUCCAAAAUUUAUCAAUUUCAUUGAGUCUUCAUGGCAACAGCAGCGACGUUACUCAAGACUGCCAGCAAACGAGGCUCAAUGGAUUCGAAAAAGGUUGGAUUGUUGAAAGCUUGAGUGUUGCUAAUUUAAGAUGUGGACUCAUUCUGGAGAAUAUUAAGACACUCAAAAAUUUGAAGCUCGUCCGAGUAAUCGAUACCAUUAAUUACGAGUUUGAGUUGAAGGAUUUGCCGCAACUUGAGUUAUUAAGUAUGCAUAAGAACAUUUUGAAGAAUCUUUCGGCGUCGUUGAAAUUUAAGGGUGACUUAAGAAACUUAAAAUCUUUCGAGUUAUCCAACAACACCAUGACAGAAAUCGAUAUGCGGAUAUUUGAAACGUUCACAAACUUAAAAGAAAUAAAUCUCUGUGGAAACUUCCUUAGAAAGUUUCUUGAAAUGAAAUUGGAAGAUAACAAAUUUGAGAAACUCAAAAUCUUCGUGGACGGAAAUAACUUCGAUUGCGCUUGGCUCUACACCAUAGCAUCAUCGAAAGCUUUUGAGAGCUUUGUCUUUAAAAAGAACUUUGAAGGUUUGAACAUUGACGGCUUAUCUUGUAUGUUAAAUGUCUUGUCAAUCAAUGAAUCAGUAAGCUAUACGCCUCUAGUUGACGUCUCAAAUGUUAAAGUCCAAAAUAAAUUGAGUGAAAUGCACGAAGAGAACUUCAUAUUGACGCCGGAAAUGUUGAUGAUUAUCAUGAGUAUAUCAGUUCUAUUGGGAACAGCUUUAACAUUCAUCUCCAUUUACACAUAUCACAAAUAUCGCAUACUAAAUCAGAAGCCUUUUUACCACUUGCUGCGUGACUCCCUUCAACGGCCCAUGUGUGACGUGCAGCGAACAUUACGAAGGAAUCUGAAGGAAGUCAUUUCACGAAAUUUGCCUCCAACAAAUUACGAACAUCCCAUUUCCGAUUCGAAUGUAACGGAGAUGACUGACGUGGAAACAAACACGAGCAACAUUUACGAGGAAAUUCCUCAACUCCCUUAUUAG